GUAAAAACUAAAAACUCGUAUUUGCUGAACAAACACAACCACUCUUCUCUGUUAGCAACGCGAGGAUUACUUUCCUGGGCCGCGGGAUACUUUCCUGUGCCUCACAAGACGUAUUACUCCGUAGUAUUUUUACCAAGGAUCAAGAUCCAAUCUUGCAGUUCCCCACCUUUUUUCCUGCAUUAAUUGGGGAAAACACACCAGAACCAAAGAUUUGUCCCAUUAAAAAGUCCAACAAGUGUUUUUAGUUUCCAUGGCAAAUGGUUUCAGAAGAAACCAAUCCACCAAGAUUCGCGACCCGAAGAAUCUUCUCCUCUUCCUCUCCACCUCCCUCCUCCUCCUCAUCUUCUUCUACCUUGCCUCUCAAACCCAGAACCAAUAUCCAAGAACCCUCAAAUCUGUCAAAAAUCCGAUCUUUGAGCGCUCGCUAAAGCCGUUUGAUUGCUACUCCUCACCUCAAGCGCACCCUGUGAUUGCAAAUCUAGUGGAAGGUCUCAAAUACCCGUUCCUCUUCUCCCUCUCAGACUUCGGAAAUUUACCAGAAAAGCCACACAAGAAUAUCAACCGGACACUGAAGGGAAAGCCCUUCAGGAAGCCUGACAUAUCUGAGACUGUGCAACGGUUGUUGGAGAAAAUGAAGGAGGAGGGCAGAAAUGGGAUUUUCGUGGACGUGGGGGCUAAUGUGGGAAUGGCCACAUUUGCAGCUGCUGUUAUGGGGUUUAAAGUUCUUGCCUUUGAGCCUGUUUUUGAGAACUUGCAGAAGAUCUGUGAAGGGGUUUACUUCAAUAGAGUUGGGGAGUUGGUGGAAGUCUACGAAGCUGCAGCUUCUGAUCGAUUAGGAAACAUUACAUUUCACAAGCUGGUUGGCCGGCUUGAUAAUAGUGCGGUGUCAGCCACUGGCGCAAAGUUAGCAUUCAAGUCAAAUGAAGAGAUUGCAGUUGAAGUAAAGACGGUUCCUCUAGAUGCCAUGGUUAUGGAGUCAGAAUCUGUUCUGCUGGUCAAAAUAGAUGUCCAGGGGUGGGAGUAUCACGUUCUCAAGGGUGCCUCAAAGUUACUGUCAAGAAGGGCAGGUGAGGCCCCUUACCUAAUCUAUGAGGAAGAUGAACGCUUAUUACAAGCAAGCAAUAGCAGUGCAAAGGAGAUCAGAGACUUUUUACAUACCAUUGGGUACAACCAUUGCACUAAGGUUGGAACUGAUGCUCACUGUACAAAGACAGAUUGAUACAGUUUCAUUCGACUUUUUCUUUUUGGGAAAUUGGAUGUAGCCAAGCAACAGUUUCUUGGUGAGGCAAUUGUUAGUACCCAAUUUUGAUAAGAUUUUGAUGAUGCCACUAUACUUUGCACCCGUACAUUGUGUCUAAAUUAAAUUCAAGAAGUAGCACUCAAAUUAUUCAAAUGUGACAAAAUAAAUGUACAAUUUUUGAGACUAAUGAAAUAGUACCGGAAAAAGUAAAAAUGCAAUAAGGUACUUUUUGUUUACCUUAAACGGAUAUUUAGAUCCAACCGGCACAUAUCAUUUGGCUCAAAGAUUAAAUAAAUGUCACAUUUUAAAGAUGCUCGAAAAAUCAUAUACAUCAAAGGUGUAUGAUUGGAAGACAAAACUUGACUAGCAUUAAAAACUUAAACAGGUACAUGGUCCUACAGCAUGGGACGUCCUUUUGGAGUGAAGCUGCAGCGGCUGAAAACAAAACCCAUGCCGCGGCCCAAUUAUUCAAGACAGAAAACAAAAAGAUUAAAAGCUCCUGCACAAAAAGACGAAUGUACAAUUCGUCCCAGCCAGACCCUCAACGCACAAGAUUAAUCCAUCUCAACCAACGGAUGAGAUUAAUCAACCAUGAAGGCCUAUAAAUAUAGGUAGAAGCAUGAGUUCAUAAAAUAAGCUUGAGCAUCCUAAGUAGAGAAGUAAUUUCAUCAAAGCAUAUACGAGAUAUCUAGCAAAAGAGAAAGUGCAAACUCAACUUUACUCUCUGCUUAGCCUCAUGCUUCACUAAGCUCUUAGAUUAGAUCAAUACUUUUACAUUUUUAGAGCUUAGUUCAUAGUUGGAGAUUAGAACUUUCUUGUAACAUUUCACAAGUGGUUGUAAACACUUAGGAGAACAGUUGUUCGGAUCCUAAAGUGUAGUUAGAUAGAUAGAGUACCUUUUGAUCCCCACUGGAUCAAUUGAGAAAAGUCUAAGGACUGAGUAACUUUGAGUGGUGCUAUACUCAUUGUGAAAAACCUUCAAUCUAGGCCUAAGAGUUGUAAAGGCUAGAUUGGCACUAAGUGUAUUGGGC